AUGCAAAAAGAAAAUAUAAUAGAAUUUUUACUAACCAGUGGUUUUAAUGCUUUAACAUACGAACAAAAAAAUCAAAUUAAACUUAAUCGCCCAACUCCUCAUUUAUUAUUAACAUGUCAAGACGGUAAAGGUAUUAAAACAUUUCAAAAGAAUUGGUAUAAUAAAUUUCCAUGGCUUACUGGUUGUGAUAAACGAAAUAAAGUGUUUUGUUUUACUUGUGUAAUAUUUGGAGGGGAAAAGGAAUGGAGUGUUAAUGGAUUGUCAUCAAUAAAAAUUUUUUUAAGGAAAUCAGAAAAACACGCCAUUUCUCAAAAUGAUUUAACUAAUCAAGAAAAAUGUCAUCUAUUGGGUAAAGUCCGAAUUGAACACGUGGUUUCAGAAGGUCGACGACUUGCUGCUGUAAAACAUAACGAACAGGUCGGUAUAAAUAGACGUUUAAUAGCACGUAUGAUACAUAUUGUUUGUUUUUUGGGCAAACAAGAACUUGCUUUUCGUGGCCACCGGGAAAAUAAUAAAUCUUUAAAUAAGGGGAAUUAUCUUGAAUUACUCGAGCUACUGGCUCAAGAAGAGCAGUUGCUUAAAGAGCACUUAUUGUCAUCGGCAAUAUUUAAAGGGACAUCUAAGAUGAUACAAAAUAAUUUGAUUGAAUGCGUUACUUCCGUUUUGAAUUCAAAAAUUUUUAAUGAAAUACAAAGAGUUAAUUACGUAUCUAUUCAAGCACAUGAAACGACUGAUGUAUCGUGCCGAUCCCAAAUGAGCAUAAUUUUUCGGUAUGUUGUAGAACAAAAAAUUGUAGAACGAUUUAUUGGUUUUUUUGACGUUUCAAAGAAUAAAACAGCCUCUGGAUUAGCAGAUAUAAUUUUAUCUGAAAAUUAA